AUGAAAAGCAGUAGAGAUGAUCCGAUUGGGGCGAGCCCAAAUAGGGAUGGGCAAGAAGGGGGAAACCCCAACCGAGAAAGUCUCAACGCAAGUUCCUCCAAAGGGGAGGAGGAUCGAACGGAGCGACCAUCAAGCAAACGCAGCAAAGGCAAACAGGUCGAUCAAUUAAUCAUGGAAGAAGCAGACGAAAACACAGUCAUCCCUUACUACCUAUCCAACCUACUAACGAACGCAUCCAACCCAGUGGUAUUUAUGGACAUAAAUCUGGGUAACCAUUUCUUGGGGAAAUUUAAAUUCGAGCUCUUCCAAAAUAUUGUCCCCAAAACAAGCGAAAAUUUUCGACAGUUCUGCACAGGAGAAUACAAAGUAAAUAACCUGCCCGUGGGAUACAAAAACACCACCUUCCAUAGAGUCAUAAAAGAGUUCAUGAUUCAGGGGGGGGAUUUUGUGAACUACAAUGGAAGUGGCAGCUUAAGUAUUUAUGGAGAAAAUUUUGAAGAUGAAAAUUUUGAUGUAAAACAUGAUAAAGAGGGAUUACUCAGCAUGGCUAAUAGUGGGCCCAAUACAAAUGGGUGUCAGUUUUUUAUUACCACGAAGAAAUGUGAAUGGCUGGAUGGAAAGAAUGUUGUUUUUGGAAGGAUCAUAGAUAGCGACUCAUUAAUUUUGCUGAAAAAAAUUGAAAACGUUUCUGUCACACCUUAUAUUUAUAAGCCCAAAAUUCCGAUUAAUAUUGUCGAAUGCGGGGAAUUGUAA